AUGCACUUAGUUUAUGGCUGUCCGGCAGUGUACUCGUGGGAUCCUCAACCGAAUGAUUACGAUGGGCGUUCGCUGGCGGUGUUAUCAAGUUCUGUGGGGAAUUACAUCGUCGUGCUGUCUUCAACACAACUACACUUUUGGACAGGCACCAGCGACAUUAUUUAUCUUGGUUCAGUGCGAAUAAAUGGUGCCACAGUCGAUGAUGAUCCAGCGACCCACUUCUUGUUGCAUGCAAGGGGAGACUAUUUAGUGGUCACAACACUACAACGACGCAUAUUAUUUUUUAACAUCUCUCUGGAAGUGAAGAAUACGGAGGUGCUGGCUCCGUUGUAUCACGAUAAUUUGCUUCGAACCGGUUCCUUUGCUUCCCGUGUGCGUUUUUUAAAGGAGGAACGUUUAGAGUUUGGAAUCGUGACAUCACUCGCAUCAGGCGGAUCGAACUGUUUUUUUGUCUGUACAACGGCCGGGGUGGUUUGCGUGAUGGGUUGGUUUCAACAAAAACUUUUGCAUACAUGGAGUUGUCGUUCUCUGGGCAGGGAUGCCCUUUCUUUUGUUCCCCUAGAUGAGAUGGGGGAGGAGCAUGCAGACUCGAGUAUGCGUGUGUCACGCGGGGAUAUUUUGUCUGGGUCGAUUUUGGAUGUGUGCCAUUCUUCCCAAAUAAAGUUGACGGUGUUUUUGUUGUCGAAUGGAUACGUUGUUUUAGCCCAAAGCAAUGUGGGAAGUGACUUUACAAGGGAUGACAUCGCCUUUUCGCUCAAGUGUGCCGCUGCCACAUGUGUAGCUCGUGUGUCGGUGAAUUCAAGGCACAUGCUGUUAGUGAUGGCCACGGAUGCGGGUGACGUCAUGUGUAAGUGGAUUGGUGAAGAUCUUUCGCUUAAACUCAUGUGGAAUGGACUGAAGUGCCUGAGGGGCGUGAAACGGCAUGGUCCUAUCGGCGAAUUGCUUUGGAGCCCCGACGAAGAAUUGUUAUGCGUUGGUUUCUAUCACCUUGGCGUGUUUGUUCUUCAUUACAGCGGGGUUUGCUUGUGCUCCUCGAUGCUUUUUCAUAAUCCUCAGCGACGCGUGGUUCAGGGGUGCAUUUCAUUUUUAUGGGCCUCUCAUGGCCAUCGCCUGUUUGUCGUUGAACCACUGAGUGAUGGGUUUACGGAGUACAGUUUCGGUCAAAUUAUUUCAAGCCCUUGCGGGGAAACCACGGGCUGCUUUACCCCAAUCGUUGCAUUUAACAAUGAUUCGCUGCGCCUCGCGGGGAAUUUUCCAGCGGGAGGAGGACCUACUUUCAACGAUGUGGUCAGCGUUCGCUCGCAGUACGCGAUUGAGAAUUACCCUCUGACGCAAGGCGCCGUAAGCCCAGAUGGUGGCUCUGUGGUUCUUGCAGGAAAGAACGGGUUCGUCCUGUUUGACUGUCUCUCGCACCGUUGGUCUGCCCUCCGUGAAAAAAAACAAGAGGCAGAGUUUUUCUGUGUAGCCCAACCGCUCUGGCUUAGUAACAUCGCAGUUGUGAUGCCCGUUCGGAUGAAUCGCAGUCGUAAUUUUGAGUUGCGUGUAUACGCACGCAGGUGUUUGGAUGAAAAUGCCCUUUUGUACCGAGAGCCCUUGGAAAGGAUGCCGCUACAAGUGUGUGAAUGCCACGAAGAGUUCAAUGACAUGUUUAUUCUUUUGCUUGAUUCUUCUAACGCACUACUCCUUUGGCGCUGCGUGAUUGCACAUGACAGGCACUCUUAUUUACCAGAUGUCAAAAUAUAUUUGGAAUUUAUUAAACGCACACAGUUACCAGAUGGUCUUGUAUAUCCUGUGGGAAUGGCAGGCAUUCAUCCUGCACGGAAAGGAGCUAAGAGGACAUCUUUUCUUUCCUUUUCAAGUCAACGAAACGGGUACGAGAAUGCCUUGCCUUAUGCGUUGUUUAUUCUACGAGGUUCCCACGCCUUGGUUUCUUUUGACCUUGGUGCAGCCGCAACCAAUACAUCCGAGACGUCGUCUGCAAUCAAGAUUCUUAUUUCGGAUGGUGUUUGCCGCAUUUGGAUCGAUUAUUCCGUGCCAAUGGAUGGAAGUGUCGUCAUUGUUUUUGGCGUUCAUGGUAUUAAUUUCCUUCAUUUGCUUGGUGGAGAGGAUGACACGGAGAUUUUCCCAGUUGUACACGAAUACGCUGUGUCGGAAUUUGAUGCCGAAUCUAUUCCAGUAGGACUUUCUACGUAUAACGGCUGUCUUUUUACUGCUUUCUCUACGAGGGAAGUUAUCGGCUCUAUUGGUGGGACGUCAUCCACCGUUUCUUUGCGUAUCUCUCUUAAGCCUCUUCUCUACAAUUUUUGUGUAUUAACGGCAUUGACAUGCAUGGGUUUGCCGAGCUUGGAGACAGUUAAUAAGAAGACGCCUAGUAAUGUUAAUCCUUUUCCACUUCUGAUGUGGAACGAUCACUUACUCUAUUGGCUGGAAAGUAUGAGACGAAACGGUACCUUUAUUCCUAACGCGGACUAUUUUUUGCAUACUCUUAUUUCUGAGACCAUUCUAUGUAGCCUUGAUCACGAUUCCCGACUGGCUGCCGUUCAAGCGACCGUAUCCCUUCUUAGGCGGUACUCGGAGUUUUACAGUGUUGUGGUGAGCUGCAUGCGGAUGUUGGAUGUUUCUCAGUGGAGGAAACUUCUCGAUGUUUUGGGUUCUCCUUUGGAGUUUUUCCGGGAAUGCAUUGAAAACCGCCGGUUUGAGGAAUCAGCACAGCUACUUCGUGUUAUAAUGUUGGAUGGUAACUUCCCUGACGAUGGUGCUUCCGUGAAGUCACUGGAAGCUACCAUGUUGUGCGCUGUGCAUUUAUUUGUGUUGGCCUUAUGGCGGCGCAAUGUCCCUUUGGUUCAUGAUUUGCUGCGCUUCAUGGCGUUGCUUCAUACGGAGCUUGUGUCGCCCGAUUUUGAAACUGACCGCAAGGCCAACGGUUCCGGGGUCUGGAAGCGUUUCUUAACUGCUGUUGGUUUUCAGAAGGAUCUGCCGCAGGAUUUUUCUCUGGAGACAGAGCAACUUUGUCUGCUUACACCGGAGGAGGUGUCUGGUGGUCCAUCCAACUCGGAAAUGCUACAACGACGCUCCGUGGUUGAAUUUGUUUUACGCAAAUACCCGAAAGUGAGGCAGGCCGUACACGAUGUCUUUUCGGAGUCCUUAUUUGCAGGUCAUUUGAUGGUUCUCCGUGAUAUUUCACAUGAGUUAUUUAUUGCUCUGAGGCAUUUUGUCACCACCAAAACACAGUCAACGAUGAGAACUUUGCGCACCAAAGCUUCUGAUGACGCGGUAACGGAGGAUGAUAGCUGCGAGGGAACGCCGGAGCUUAUGCACCUGCCAGCUCUUUUUGAUGGAAUUCACGAUGAGCUUGGCCUGCCUCGCAGUCUUCGUUGUAUUGGAACAGAGUUCCAGGAUUCUGUCAUCCAUUUUAUGGCAACGGAGGAAACUGGAUCCAACAUGGCGUUGUGGACCACUGCACAGAGUUAUGUGUACACCACCCCUAGGAUGGUGGAAACGAUUCUUGGAAUCCGUGAUCUGUACUCCAUCUGGGAUGAAUGCGUAUUGGCUGUGAACGUUGUCCUAAUGAUUGAGGAUGCGGUAAUACAGCAAAUACAAGCCGCUCCUACGUUUGUAAAAGCGCUACAACAUCUCAUAGCGCAGCCACAGAAUGCCGGGUACACAACCUUUGUACAGGGAUGCAUCAAUGCCUAUGACACAGCGAAUUUGUCGACAGGAUCAAUGCCGUCCGCGGUGUGA